GGAUAUUUACGGUGCCAUGUAAUUAUCAUCGAAGACAUGCUUGCCAUUAGAUGCAGAACCCUAAUUGGAAACCCGUACAAUUGCUUAGCUCCAAGACACCAGCUUUCUCGCAGAAGCUUUCUCUCUCGCAGAAGAUUUCUCUCUCGCAGAAGCCCAGGUUUCACUCUUUGUGAAUUUUCAGAUGAAACUCAUAUACAAUUAUGGUGGAAAUUUGAAUCAUGGACGGACUAUAGAGUAUGUCGGAGGUAACACCUGUGUUCUAGACGAUGUAGAUCCAGAUAAAAUUGGUUAUUUUGAUCUUCUUGAUUGGGCAAAAGAUUGUGGAGAUUAUCCUCCUGUUACUGAGUUGUAUUAUGCAAAGCCAGGCUGUGAUUUGGGUAAAGGGCUGAAGAGAAUAUAUGGUGACAAAGAGACAAUUGAAAUGGUGACAGAUGGAGAAGAAAGUGGUAAUGUUAUUUGUUUAUAUGUUGUGCACCAGACUAAAAAUUUUUCUGCUUGUGCUUCAAACCAAAAUAGAAGAGAUACUAGUCCUGUUGUUGACAAAAUUCAACAGAGUAAAAUUCCUAUGAAGGCUUUCAGUAUUUCUACAUUCUGCCCAUCUCAUUUUAUUGAAGAAGAAAUGGUUCAGUCCACAGAACUUGACAUUUCAGAGGAAGAUUCACACGAUGAAGAGGAAGAAGGGGAAGACACUGAAGAGUUGACCGGGCUUAAUAAAGGGAAUAGAAUUGAGACAUGUGUUGAGGAUGAGAUAUUGGGGUCUUCUUCAAAUACUAUUAUGAGAGAUUUAGAAGAGGAGAUGCCUAAUGAUGAGGUACUAUUAGGGUCUGACAGUGACACUGAUGAUGAGGAGUGUAGGGAUGCUAGAAGAAAGUUCAAUGAUUGGCAUGACAAAGAAAAUGCAAAAGUGGAUGGAAUUGUUAAUUUCAUUAUACAAACUCCAAAUCCAACCCUAGGAGCUGCUACUACAGAAGCCCGGGAUCUUGUAUCAGAGUAUGAGGAUUCUGAUGAGUAUGCUAACACCCCGGGAGAGAGAAUGAGGUUUCCUAAUAGGGAAUUGUUUAGGGAUGCAGUUCGAAGAAAGUGGGACUUGACUGGGAUUCCAUGCCAUCAUGCUACGGCUUGCAUUUAUUUCCUGAACCACAAACCUGAGGACUAUGUUGAUGAUUUCUACUCAAAGAGCUCAUAUAUGAAGACAUAUGAACACAGCAUACUUCCAUGUGUUGGUGAGAAACACUGGCCUAAAGCUGCGGUUGUACCAUUGGACCCUCCACCUAUUAAGAUAGGACCUGGCAGACCUCGAAAGAAUAGAGUCAAAGAUCCCUACGAAGAUCCUAAAAAACCAGGCAGUGAGAGAAAGCCUUCAAUUGAGGCGAUUAUACGUCGGUUCCAAUUAGGGUUCAAGCUGGUGUCUUCUGCGUUUUGACAUUUUAUCGAUGAUAAUUACAUGGCACCGUAAAUAUCCACCGUGUUACAGCCAAGUCAAAUUCCCGUUAAGGCAGAGUUAGGGUUUGGACGGAGGCCCAAAACGGAUAAAAAUUAAAGAAGUUAGGCUUAUUAUAAAUAAAGAGAGAAGUUGGGA